AUGCAGGAAAGCUUGCGGCAAGAGACGGGACCAAGUAGAAAACGGCGAAAGAUACGGUCUCCCGAUGUGUUCAUAAGCCAUGCUGGCCCGGACAAGCUACACAUCGCACGUCCUCUUUCCAAGAAAUUGCAUGCUCAAGGUUUAAAUUGCUUCCUCGACAAAACCUCGAUGGAGCCCGGGGAUUGCGGACCAUACGAAAUGGAGACGGCUAUGGAGUCUGCGAAGGUCGCUGUUUUCAUUCUUUCUCCCGAGUUUGCAGCUCGAAAAUGGACGAUGAGGGAACUGCGUUGCUUCCUACGCCGACGGAGAGAGGCGAUAGAGAGUGGGAUGCGGGCACCGACACUGAUUCCGGUGUUUUACAGAUUAAGUAUUCGGGAAUGCAGAGAGCUGGAGCCCGAUCGGUACCAGGAUGAUGAAGGAAAGAAUAUUUUUGAAGUGGAGAAGUUUUUUAGCGAGAAACGACAGCGCGAAGCGAGCACGGAACUGGUGAAGAGAGAGCUACAAGAGUUGGCAGAUAUCACUGGGAUAGAAAACGACGAAGAGGCAACGAACGACCUGGAAGAUGAAUUCGGCCAUCUUGCAAGGGAAAAUCUUGUGAAACGAGUAUCUCGGUGGGUGAAAAAGAAAAGUGAGGAGGACUCUAGUGAUGAAGUGAGAGAAGUUUUGAAUGCAAGUGGAUGUACGUAUGAUUUGUUCAGGCCCUGUAUACUCGCAGAGCUCAAUCCCGAAGAAAUAUAUCUGCAACUAAAUUCUCGGGGGAUCGAUGGAUCACCGAAUACUUGUGAGGCGCGGCUAAAGGAGGCCGUGCUAAGUACCGAUAGGAAUACAUAUAUAGGAGCGACGGCAACGGGGAAGGGCGGAGUCGGAAAGACAUGCGCUCUUCGAGCGAUUGCGCACGACGAUGACGUCAAGGCUCGGUUUUCAGGCGGAGUGUACUUGAUGUCUUUGGGGAAAGAUGCCAACGUAGGGCGGCUGAUUGAGCAACUGUGUAUAGCCGUAGAGGCGUCUGGUGGCAACCAGGCGGCUGCGAAAAUGCGAGAGCAAAGCGAGUUGAGCAGGGUACUGACCAAGAUGCGAGCAUGGUUCAACACACGUGUAUGCCUGUUCAUUAUUGAUGAUUUGUGGGCCGUGAAUGGUAUAGAUGCGUGUAUUCUUCAGAAGUUGUCCACUCUCGCUGCCGCCACAGGAGACAUGCGAGAGAGGAGGAGCAGGCUUCUGUACUCCACGAGGGACUCAAAGCUGAAACACGUCGGUAAGCAAGUGACUUUCGAGCCGAGGGAAAGGGAAGGGGGCGAUUCAGUUCACAUGCUCAUGCUUGCGGGCGGGGCGAACCCGGAGGAAGCGAAUGAUCCGAGAUGCAAAAAGGCCGUGAGUGAAAUAUUGAAAAUGUGCGCUGGUUUGCCGCUUGCUCUGAACGUAGCCGGGACGGGUGUCAGGUACAUGAGAGAUAGAUGGGAGGGAGAAAAGUCACAAGCGUGGGAGGCAUACCUUUCGAAGAUGAAGAGGCGUAACACGCUUCGUAGUGAGAGUCCAGAGGAUGGGUAUUCGUCGUUAGACGCGACAUUACAUGCGUCACUAGAUAUUGUGGAGUCCGGCAUAGGGAGCGAUGGGGAGAGGUUACGUCAGUUUUCGUUUCGAAAGAUACAUCGGAGUCUGUGUGUUAUGAAGAAGCAAGACGGGAUGCCUUUGGCGUUGGUAAGAGAGUUGUGGGAGAUGGACUACGAAUCGGCUGAAAAGUAUGCGAAGCAGAUGGAAAGGGUUGGAUUAGUAGACCUUCAUUACGACAAGGAUUGUGAGUGGGUACGGAUGCAUGAUCUGACGCACGAUUUUGCGGUGCAGGAGGCGCAGAAGGAAGAAAGUGUAACGUUCUGGUAUAAGAAGUUGGCAGAUGUAUGCAGGCAGGGAAGAGGACUGCUUGCUAUAACUGAGAGCGAGGGCAGAGAGAGCAAGGAUGCAAGAGAGAAGUAUGUUUUCGAGAGCAUAUAUCGCGUUCUGAAACAGGGCGGGUGUGUGGAGGAGCUUAAGAGACUAUUUUUGAGUGCGCGAUGGGUGAAGACAGUGAUACAGAAAGGCGGGGUUUGGCAAUACGGGGAAGCUGUAAAGGAUCUAAGUAGCUUUUUGAGGAACACGGGAGGAAGCGAGAGCCUUUCAAGGGGUACGGGAGAAGAAGAUUCGGUGUAUGCUAUGGAAUUGAUGAUGAGAGCUGCACGACUGAGUGUACCUUUUUGUGGUGAAGGCAGUGCAGGGAUUUACUUUCAACUGUACGGAAGAAUCAAGCACAGGGCAUCAGAAUUGGGUAGCGUGCAAAGGAUACUCGAGGAAAUCGAGAGACACGCACCACGGCCGUGGGUGCGACCUGUGAGUGAGUGUGUAGAGCGAGCCGAUGGAAGGUUGGUGGAGCAGAUUGUUCUGCCAUAUUUCGGUUCCAGAGAAAUUCAAGUGGGCAUGGAUUCCAGUGGUCAAGUGUAUGGAUGUCAGGUGAAGGAGUCCGGGGCAGAAGUAACAGUUUUCACGCAAUCUGCUGAGAAGGAGACGAAGAUUGUUCGAUUAGAAGGCGAGUUCGAAACGGAGAGCCAGAGUCCAGGGGACGUUGAAGCAAGAAGUGUAACCUCUGAAGUGACUGAAAAAAAACGGAGCGUGACGAGAGCUACGUGCGCAACUUUCUGUGAGAGGAAGGGGUAUGUUGUUGUGGGAUGUGAAGACGGAACGUUAAGGCUGUGGAGUACGUCAGAGAAGAAAGUAUUGAGGAGUUUCCACGGUCAUAGGUCGAAAGUGGCUUGCGUUGCGAUGAGUGGGGACGGAAGACUUGUAGUAUCUGGAUCGGAGGACAGCAAGAAGAUUCGGGUGUGGGACGUGGAGACGGGAGCAAAGGUCGGGAAGGUGCUAGGUGGACACACGGGUCUUGUCUAUAGCGUUGCGAUGAGUGGGGACGGAAGACGUGUGGUAUCUGGAUCGCAUGACGAGAGCGUGCGGUUGUGGGACGUGGAGACGGGAGCACAAGUCGGGGAGGCGUUAGUUGGACACACGAGUUCGGUGCUUUGCGUUGCGAUGAGUGGGGACGAAAGACGUGUGGUAUCUGGAUCGGAGGACAGGAGCGUGCGGGUGUGGGACGUGGAGACGGGAGCACAAGUCGGGGAGGCGUUAGUUGGACACACAAGUUCGGUGCUUUGCGUUGCGAUGAGUGAGGACGGAAGAAUUGUGGUAUCUGGAUCCGGGGACAAGAGCGUGCGGGUGUGGGAUGUGGAGACGGGAGUACAAGUCGGGGAGGCGUUAGUUGGACAUACGGGUUAUGUGUAUAGCGUUGCGAUGAGUGAGGACGGAAGACGUGUGGUAUCUGGAUCGAGGGGCAAGAGCGUGCGGGUGUGGGACGUGGAGACGGGAGCACAAGUUGGGGAGGCGUUAGUUGGCCACACGGAUGGGGUGCUUUGCGUUGCGAUGAGUGAGGACGGAAGACGUGUGGUAUCUGGAUCUGGGGACGUGCGGGUGUGGGACGUAGAGACGGGAGCACAAGUCGGGGAGGCGUUGGUUGGACACAAGAGGGAAGUGAAUAGCGUUGCGAUUAGUGGGGACGGAAGAUGUGUGGUAUCGGGAUCGUUUGACAAGAGCGUGCGGGUGUGGGACGUGGAGAGAGGGAUCACACUUUAUGUCGGGAGGGUAAAGGAUUUGGGAGAAAUCAAGAGUCGGUUCCUGAGGACGGAAGACUUGGGUACUGGUGCUUCUCGCGCAGGACGAACAUCACACAUUUUUUCAAGGGAGGGAGGAAUUGUGCAAAGGCGAGAGGAUGGGUCUGAGGCUGUCUUGGCCGAGUUGGACGAUCCAGAAGACUUGCAGAUAGACCACGAUCACGGGGUCGCAGUAGCAAGGGUGGGUCAUCUGGUUGCUAUCAUGAAGCUAGUGGUGUAA